AUGCAUUUAUUGAAAGAUUGUUAUUUUCUCAUCGUUGCGUCGGCGAGUCUAGCCAGGUGUGGCAGGGAGCCUCGGAGAGACACGGAGGCGGGAAAGGUCACCGAAACACCAGGUCACGACCCGUCUUCGGGCGCGCGAGACACACCAGGAGACUCAAAGAAAUUAUCAACGACCUCGAGUCCGGAGGAAGGAGACUUUGAGGCGCUGCUGAAGUCUGCUGCAGCGGAGGCGGAGGUCGACUUGCUGAAGAUACCCGCCAACGAUACGGAAACAGCAGCUUCCACGCGCGAGUCCGAAGAUAAGAUCACGGAGCGCCAGACCGUUUGGGCUUCGUGUUCCCCCAUAUACACCACCACCUUCCUCCCAUCCGGCACCCCCCCCAUCCGACACCCUCCCGUACCCCGCCCGCCUCCCAUCCCUAAGCACCGGCCGCCGCCACACCCGCCCGUACCCGACCAUGACGACCACCUCGACUUCCACCCGCCAAACUUCGACUUCGAUCCUCCAGACUUCUUCGAGAACUCCGGACUUCCUCAUCCGGGCGACGAACCCUUUGACUUCGGCGCCCCGUUCGAGACUCACGUUCACGAGCACGACCCCUUCUUUAGUCCGCACUUAGACGACGACUUCCCUCCUCACGAAGAGCACUUCCCACACGACCUGGAUCUUCACAGUCCUCACGACGACCACUUCUCCCCUCCUCCUCCACCACCACCACCACCUCCACCUCCACUCAAGCCCUUCAGCGAAGACCCCAUCGUCUUCCCCAAGAGACCGCCGCCGCACAAGCAUCCCCGCCCUUCAAAGCACCCUUCGAAACAGCCUCCUCCUCACACUCACCACCAUCACCACCACCACCCGCCUCCGCACUUCUCACCACACCUCAACUUCAUCACGGAAGACUCGAUCUACAGGGACGACGUGCCCUUCAAGGAGACCCACAACGAGAGGGACAGGAUCCACCCAGGACUCACGCCGGCGGGGGUUAAGGGCCUCGACCCUGCGUUCAUUUCAUACAUCAAAGAGCAGACUAAGCCAUACAUAGACUCGCAAAGUAGAUUUAGGUUCGAGAGGUAAAUGUUUAGGCUUCAUCUUUUAUGGAAAUUGGAAUCACCGAUAUCAUCUUUUUUUUUUAAUGUAUGAUUUUUUUUCAUACCCGUUUCAUUAUUGAUAAGUUCGAUAUGCGAAGCUGAGCCUCGCCCGGGCUGUGCCCCUGAUUCAUUAUUGAUUUUCACGUUGUCAUGUAUUAAUGAUAUACUGAUGUCAUCUGUUUAUUUUUGUAUAAGUUGUUUAAAACUAUGUAUUAUAUAAGUUUUAUGUGUUCUUCAAUAACCAAUGGUACUCAGUUUGGGAUGUGGAAGCCAGGUGUUUGUGAUUGCAUUUAAUAUGCCUUUCACUUGAGAGUUUUAAAAUGUUUGUACUUAUUUUCUUAAGGCCCUGAUCUUUCCCCUUAAACCUAUCAGGAAUGUUUGAAUACAUUAGACAUUUUAAAAAUGAACUAAGGUGAAUGAUAUAUAUAUAUAUAUUUACACAAUAAUAUAUAUAUAUACACACAU